AUGCCAUUCGUCAAAGACUUUAAGCCUGUUGCCCUCGGGGACACAAAUCUGUUGCAACCUAUUGAGGUUGGCGACAUGCAAUUGCAGCACCGUGCAGUGAUGCCUCCUCUGACAAGAAUGCGUGCUGCUCAUCCGGGCAACGUCCCAAACAAGGAUUGGGCCGAGGAGUACUACAAUCAGAGGUCCCAGUACCCGGGUUCCCUGAUCAUCACAGAGGGGACCUUCAUCUCCCCACAGGCUGGUGGUUACGAUAAUGCCCCUGGUAUCUGGUCGGACGAACAAGUCGCCCAAUGGACCAAGAUCUUCAAGCGGAUCCACGACAACGAUUCAUUCGUGUACGUCCAGCUGUGGGCAUUGGGGAGACAGUCCUAUGCGGACACUCUGGGGAGAGACGGGCUCAGGUACGAUGCGCCAUCUGACGGGAACUACAUGUCCGAGGAACAAAAGGAGCGCGCUUUGAAGGCGAACAACCCUCAACACGGUCUCACAAAGGGUGAGAUCAAACAGUACAUCAAAGAAUACGUCGAGGCGGCGGUAAACUCCAUCAAAGCUGGUGCAGACGGUGUGGAGAUCCACAGUGCAAACGGUUACCUGUUGAACCAGUUCUUAGACCCAGAGGCCAACAUGAGAACCGACGAAUAUGGUGGAUCCGUCGAAAACAGGGCGAGAUUCGCCUUGGAGGUGGUCGAUGCCCUAGUGGAAGCCGUCGGAGCCAAAAAAGUCGGUAUCAGAUUCUCCCCUUACGGUACGUUCGGCACCAUGGCUGGGGGUAAGAACCCACUGAUUGUCGCACAGUACGCCUACAUCGUCGGUGAAUUGCAAAGACGUGCUAACGAGGGUCAGCAACUAGCGUACAUCCAUUUGGUCGAACCUCGUGUAACAGAUCCAUUCCUAACAGAAGGUGAAGGUGCCUACAAUUUGGGUACAAACGAUUUCGUUUACUCUAUUUGGACAGGCCCAAUCAUCAGGGCAGGUAACUUGGCUUUGCACCCUGAUGUCGCAAUCGAAAUGUUGAAGGACAACAGAACUUUGAUCGGGUACGGCCGUUUCUGGAUCGCUAACCCUGAUUUGGUCAGGAGAUUAAAGGACGGUUUGCCCUUGAACAAGUACGAUAGAGACACUUUCUACCGUAUGAGCGAUGAAGGAUAUUUAGAUUACCCAACUUACGAGGAGGCCCUAAAACUGGGUUGGGACAAGCAGUAA